GCGGUUCAGUCAGUGCGGGCCAGGCCGUGGUGAAGGUGUGUUGCAGCGCCACCACUUGGCUGAGACCUUUGUUCCGUGUGUGGGCGGUGCCAAGCACCACGCCGCGACUCUAUAAGCAUGUGCUCAGCAAAGGUGUUUUAAGAAAGGAAUUUAUAGUUUAAGGCAACUGUUCUGAGAAAUAUUACUAUAUGAAAAUAAACCGAGAAAGUCAAUAUGAGGCAGUGGGGACAACACUAUUAACAUAACAAAGGACAGAACUGUGCUGCGAAUUGUCAACAGACAUAGUUUACUUGUUAUUCACGGCAAAGCUUUAUGCGAUACUACAACACUCAAUACUGCCAAGAUCUACCUUUGCUGGCAUAUGCCAUUCCCCUCCGCAUUGAGCCUUAAGAACUUGAAGCAAAACAUUACUAGGUAAUCCAAGAGACUCCACUAAUGAAAUGAUUCCGAGAACCUCAAACGGCCAGGGCCAUCGCGAGUGCUAUGACGGGGAGCAACGCGAAGGAGGAACCUUGCAAAGGCUUGCCCAGGAGGUCUCUAAGAUGAGGGUGGCGGUGAUGACGGCGGCGGCCCUGGCGGUGGUGACGGUGGUGGUGAUUGUGGUGAUAGCAGACAGAAACAAACUCCUACAUCCACAUAUCCCUGCUGAUGGCAAAAUCUGCAAGAGCGUGGAGGUGACGGGGGACGCCAGGCUCUUGAAGGAGUACGCCUCAUGCGUCACCAUCGAGGGGAACCUGCGCAUCCAACUCAUCGAAUAUAACAACAAAAACGACCCACUGCUCGGCCUCCCCAACCUCGUCCAGGUGACCGGCUACGUGAUCAUCUACAGACUCUCGUACCUACAGACUCUGCGCCACCUGCUGCCGCGCCUAGCUGUCAUCAGAGGCCAAGAACUGUUCCACGGCUACUCCCUCGUGAUAUUUGGUAACAUCAUCUUGCAAGAGGUAAAUCUGUGGAACCUGACCCACGUGCUGGCCGGGGCGGUGAGGGUGGAGAAGAACCUUUGCCGAGGUCCUCCCCACCGAUGGGAACUGCUGUCACUCUCCCCGAGUCUCAACGUGAUCCAGGACUACGGCGUGUGUUUCUACCCGAUGUGUGAGGAGCAGAAGAAUUGUGAUAACGUCACCUCGCCUCUCCACACCCACUGUACGACCUACGGGGGGUGCUACCAAGGUCCCCAGUGCCACUCGGAGUGCGCGGGAGGGUGCUACGCCCCCCAUGAUCCCCAAGCUUGUGUGGCCUGCAGAAACUACCUCGACGGCGACACCUGCGUCCCAGACUGCUCGGCGUCCCUCACUAACAAAGUCCAUCACCUGGGGUACCGAUGCAUCCGAGAGGACGAGUGUGCCACGGAGCCGUGGACGCGGAAAACAGAGAUGGGGAGCGACGGAGUUGAACAAGUGUUUUGUGUUCGUUGUAACGACAACUGCUACGGGAAGUGCCAUGGGACGAAGGUCACCACAGCAAACCUGGGCCGUAAGCUGAGGAACUGCCGGUGGUUGGAGGGAAACUUGGAGAUCAUGGUGUCGGGAGGUCGAAACUUGAUGCAGCAGCUGGAGGACAGCCUGGGACAGCUGGAACUGGUGACAGGUUACCUGAAGGUGUACAGCUCCGACACUCUGUUUUCCUUGAACUUCCUCAGCAGCUUGAAGGUGAUCGGUGGCGAGGAGCUGGUGCACGGCCGGUACGCCCUGUACGUGCUGGACAACGAGAAGCUGCAGGAACUGUGGGAUUUGAACCACGACAACCGCAGCCUCAGCAUCACCAAGGGAAAGCUCUUCUUCCAACAUAACCCGAGCCUGUGCAAGGAGCUGAUCCGUGAGCUGGCCAUCAAGGGGGGAAAGAACCCAGACGAGGAUGUCCAUAUGUCGCCCGCAGAGGACACGGGGCCAUGCUACAAGGAAAACCUGGAGGUGCGCGUGUCUCCAGCUGAAAGGAGACUUAACGUGUCCUGGAAAUACCAAUUCUACGGCAAGGAUGAUCGCUUCGUCAUCGGCUACUACUUGUACUACAGGGAGGCUCCCCAGGAUGUCACACUUUAUCAAGGCCGCGACGCCUGCAACGACAACGUGGUGUGGGAGAGAGAGUUUAGAAAGUACGAGAGGAACAAAACCUAUAAAGUUAUACUGGACAAACUGAAACCAUACACGCAAUAUGCUGUCUACGUCGACGUCUAUUACACCGACAGUAUAAAAAACGCCAGUCGCUCCUCCAUCAACUACAUAAGAACAACGGUCAGCAAUCCUUCCCCAGUUCGCAAUCUGAGGGUGGAGCCGCAGAAGAACUCCUCCACCUUGAACGUGUUGUGGCUGCUUCCUGGGGUGGCAAAUGGUCCCCUUAACAUUUACGAGAUUAAGUAUGCCCGGCUGAAGCACACCUCCCCGGGCUCACGAUACAGGGACCGUGACGACGUGUGUGACGACGUUAAGUACGAGCAGCACCGGGAGGCCUCACACAUUGAGCCAGCCGGCGGGGAGGAAGAGGACGUGGAAACACGUUGCUGUAACUGCUCCAACUCCGCCAGCCGCUCCAUGGAGGACAGAAUGUUUGACCGACAACUGGAUAUUAACUUCGAAAAUUAUGUAUGGCAAAGUGUGCUUUGUAAAAGAGUCAUUGUUGAUGAUGGCAAUGGAUCAACUACAACACCGGCCACCUCUAGUGCAUCUACCGCCCCCACCACCGCCACGCCCCUCGGCCCAGCAGCUGCUGCUGACCUAGGAGAAAAACACACCAGGCGGCGACGGCUUAGGAGCGUGUCCAUUCCCCCGACAGGAACACACAGCAGACUGGCAGUGAAAACAAUGGAUUCCGAAGACGAGAAUGAGGUAUGCAAGGAAGUCAAUGAAACUACUUCGGAGGGAACAACUGAGGAGUGUGACAAGAAGACCGUGACGACCUCCGCCACCCGCGUCACGCUCACGGGGCUGCGGCACCUCACGACCUACAGGGUGUGGGUGAGGCCGUGCCAUCACGAGGGGAGGAACUGCGGCGACUGGUCCGUCCUGGAAGUGACAACGUCAGCUAAUAUGUCUGUGUACAGGAUACAAAAUUUGAAGGUGAAAGAAGUGAACGAAAAUGAAACAAAUCAGCUGCCGGCGACAGUGACGCCCAACAACAGCAACCCAAGGCACUCCCUGCCCCCAAAGGCUGCCACGUCACUGGGCACCACACUGCUCGUCAGCUGGGGGCCGCCGCCGGUCCCCAGAGGUGACUCCCUGGCCUACAUCAUCCGAUAUCAAUGGGAAGGCGGACUGGAGAAAAAGCAAUGUGUGUUGGAGGACGAUGCUCGCCGCAACGACUACACACUUUUGCUGAAGGGGAUGAAGCUUCGCAACUUUUCCUUGAAGAUUAAACUUCGCACUCGAAACGGAGAUGGACCCUUAACCACCUUUAAUGACCCAGUUCAAGAAGACAAUAUCUACUGGAUUGUUUUCAUCCCGUUUCUGUGUAUUGCGAUGCUGGGAAUUUGCAUCAUGGAGGUGGCCUUGUGGCUGAAGCGGCGGCGGAUAGCGGCGGAGACCACCCACACCAGAGGCUAUGGAGAGCUGCUGCUGCGACAAUUCCUGCCCCUCCUGGAGAAGAGUUCCAUCAUUGACAGAGACGCUUUGAAGGUUGACCUCGAUUGUGAGCUGGGCAAAGGAAAUUUUGGCAAGGUGUACCGAGGCAAGCUGACGCUGUCCUCAGGGAAGGAGCAGUUGGUGGCGGUGAAGACCCACAUCAAUGCAACGAUUCGGUACAAGAGGCGGUUCCUGGAGGAGGUCGUCGCCAUGAAAGGUAUACAAUCAAACUUCGUGGUGCGUCUGAUCGGCAUCGUUAACAGCUACGAGCCCUUAUACGUUGUGAUGGAGCUGAUGGACAACGGCGACCUCAAGAGCUUCCUCAUGAACGCGGCACCGCUCUCUGACGAGAAAAUGAGACAAAUGGCGGUGGAGGCGGCGGACGGGAUGGCUUACUUGGGGUCCAAAAAGCUGGUGCAUCGCGACCUGGCGGCGCGCAACUGCAUGCUGGACAAAGGACUCACGCUCAAGAUAGGGGACUUUGGGCUGGCCAGACACGUCACGAAGGAGUACUACAUUCAGAAGAGAAAGGGAGACCUGCCAGUGCGGUGGAUGGCUCCGGAGUCCCUGAAGGUUUACCGCUACUCUGCAAAGUCUGAUGUGUGGAGCUACGGCGUGCUGCUGUGGGAACUUGCCACAGGCGGUCUUAAACCAUAUGAGGACUUCAACAACAAGGAAGUGAUCGACUACGUCCUGUCUCAGAAGACGCUGAGCCCUCCCGAAGAUGGCCCAAAAAUACUUCAUCACAUCAUGAAGGAGUGCUGGGACUUCUGCCCCAAGAAACGACCAACCUUCAAACGCAUUGUGAAACGCCUCCUUCCACAGACCCCAGAGAGAUAUCAGGAGUACUUCCAGGGGGUGUCCUUCUACAGUUCCAGUUCUUGUGACUCUGAGAACCCUAACGAUAUCGACGAAGGCUUCAACGCCAGCGGGUCAAGUCAGGAAGACGUGGAGGCUGAGCAUUCUUGUUCGUCCUCCUCCCGCGAGCAGGAUAUUCAUUUCAGCAGAGAAGACUUUGACAGCCAAAGCAACGAGGAUGACAUUGCCGUGGACGACGACCUGGUCUGCCUCACCCCUGCGGAGCCUCCUGAGAGGUCAUCGUGUACCCCGCUGUCCUGUCUCACCGGCCAGGUGGGUCGCCUUAUUCCAGCCAAUGACGCCACCAACAGGACGCUGCUCUUCCGCACACCUUGCCUAGCGGAGACCUAACUGUCCCCACUCAUUGCUACCUUAAACUGGCUGCGGCAAGAGUUGUUCUUCCUACGCUACUCAUCAUAGGUCGAGUCAGCCGAUGCAGACAAUAUGCAUAACCAUGUUAAAGCUUUCCCAUUAUAGAAUAAGUUAACAUUGUGGUUGGUGCUGUGAAUUAUUGUCUGUAAGCAUUAUCUUCUGAAGUAUGUGCAUGAGUAUUUUCAAGUGGUACAUGCUUUUCAACGAGGUGUAAGGGUCACGCUAGACUGUGCCUGAGAAGGGUGGAGAAUGUCGCUUGAUCGCACAUCGGUAUUUCUCUUCAGUGCCUGGUAGGGUCUCGUCUAAAAAGUAAGCUAUUAUAUGAAAAAGGUAAAGUUGGAGGCAUACGCUAUAACUGCGUGUGGCCUCAAUGCUCAUUUCCGUCCCAUUGGUCCUUGAAUCUGUGAUAGGUGAGAACCCUUUACCCUGCGACACAGGACAAGUGCAACAUGAGUUACCACAGUUUCCCAGGUUUCCCAGGUACCCAUUUAUCGACCAGGUGGAGGUCGAGUGGUCAGCGUGCGGACAUGGUGAUCCCGAGGACCCGGAUGUAAGUCCUACCGCAAGAUGCUGUCAGUUUUCAACCAUCGCCGAGUGGCGGAAGAUUACCCACAUGCUGUACAGCUCUUCAAUCAACCCAUACUUUAGCUAUUUCGGACCAAGCAAGUCAUAUCUCACGACAGCUACUUAAGAUAAAAUUCGCCCGCGCCGCAAACGAGCUGGGGCAAUCCACCGUCCCCUCAAGAGAGCCUACCGGCGCCAUGGGCAGCACAUGAGAAAAAAGCCCGAAAAGAGGAACCAAUAGCUGGGUGGGAUUCGCAUCGACUGUCAAGACCGGGAUUCGAACCCAAGGCCGCUGACUCGUAGCUAGGCAUACUAACCACUUAACCACAGAGGCGCUAAACAUGUUAAUGAUGGCAAUUGAUUGAUUGGCUGGGGUGUUCCAUCACACCACCGCAACUACCAUAGUCAUAUGGUGCUAUAUAAUGAUGGCAAAUCAAAUACUAUUUGAUGCCUUGAGUGGUACACAUAGCUAACAUUUUCUUCUUUGUCAGGUCACAUACUUCUAAAAAGGAAGACAAACAUUUUAACAA